GGAAGUAACUUCUUUCGCUUUCUGUUAUUGACAUAAAAUGGAGGAAUAAUGUAGGCAAAAGCUUAAGGAGAUCAAAACAAAGUCUCGUUUGGCAGUUUGAUUCAUUUUCAUUCGCUGUUUAGGAGCUUCGUUUGAGGUGUGCAGAGCUAUUGAGUUUCGCGUCUCUUCUGGUGUUAAGACUCAGAGCAGGCAGGUUUGCACAGACAGGUACUUGCUUUCCAUCCGCUCAAAAUGUCGGAAGAAUUAUUUCCAGAACCGGGAUGGCUGUCUGAAGAAGUCAAAACCGGGACGACCAUCAUCGCUGUAACCUUUGACGGUGGUGUUGUUAUCGGCUCGGAUUCACGUGUGUCCGCGGGGGAGUCAGUAGUGAAUCGAGUGAUGAACAAGCUCUCCCCCCUCCAUGACAAGAUCUACUGUGCUCUCUCUGGAUCAGCAGCGGACGCUCAAACUAUUGCUGAGAUAGUUAACUACCAACUGGAUGUGCAUAGUAUUGAGGUGGAAGAUGACCCACUCGUAUGCUCUGCUGCUACUCUGGUGAAGAAUAUUUCAUACAAAUAUAAAGAGGAGCUAUCAGCACAUCUCAUUGUUGCAGGGUGGGACAAGAAAGGAGGUGGACAGGUCUAUGCAACACUGAGUGGUUUGCUGACCAAGCAGCCUUUUGCUAUUGGUGGCUCUGGGAGUUUUUACAUUAAUGGGUUUGUUGAUGCAGAGUAUAAAAAGAACAUGACAAAGAGGGAAUGCCAGGAGUUUGUAGUGAAUGCUCUCACUCUGGCAAUGGGUCGGGAUGGCUCCAGUGGAGGUGUUGCGUAUGUUGUUACUAUUGACAAAGAUGGAACAGAAGAGAAGUGCGUUUUAGGAAAUGAAUUGCCCAAAUUUUUCGAUGAGUGAAAAAAGUUAAUUUGAUCUGAAAUUAAGAACAAUGUAUGAAUACUAACAUUUCUAUCAGGAUAUUGUAUUGCAUGA